AUGGAUCAUGAAGAAACGCCAAGAUUUCCUGGUGGUCUUCGACCAUCUGAUGAAACUGCUAUUGAAGAAAGUGGUUUCCUUGGAACACAUCGUGGUUGGGUAAAUAUAAGUCGAUAUGAAAUUAUUUUCUUGACUGUCGGUAUAUUGGCCGCAAUAGCUACAGACACUUUAACCAUUAUUCGUCUGACUGAUAUUCAUGAUACCAAAGAUCCUGAUUUUGCUUAUGCCAUACUUAUUUUAGUUAAUUCAAUAUUUCUUCUCUUAUUUCUUAUUAUCGGUAUUUUCUAUCAACGUAUUACUCAUAUCGUGGCUUUUUUUAUCAGUGCUGUUAUGCUUACUAUAUAUGUGAUUGUACAUUAUGCUGCUCGAAGCAAAGAAACUGAUAGUCAUGGUAAAGCUGCAACAAUUCGUCUUAUUCGUCUUAUUUUGACGAUUAUUUUUAAUAUAUGUUUUAUUCCAUUGGCAAUAUUAGUUAUUAGAGAUUAUAGACGAGAUGAAUUUUCUAAACGACUUUUCGGUGCUUUUCCCGCAGCACGUCGUCCGCUUAAAAUAUACAAUAUAUUUGAUUGUCUAGCAGGUAUUAAUACAAUGCUUUCAAUGUCAACAUUCGUCCUUAAUUUAUACAAUUUUAAUCAUUUUGAAGCAUUUGAUACAAUUUUCCUUAGUAUUGGUAUUCCUUUGUCAUUAUUAUGGUUCGGUAUUGGUAUUGGCAUGGUUCGUCUUGAAAAUUUUAUAUUAGUUGGUGUUUUCUAUUUCAUUUCAUUAUUUCAACCUGGAUUUCUAGGUUACUCUUUAUAUAGUGCUAUCGACAAUUCAGCAACAUCUUCGUCCACGACAACGACACACACAACAAUAACAACAACGUCUACUAUUUCAACAAUUUUUUCAUCUAUAUCAACAACAAAAGCUGUUAAUCCAGAUAUUACAACUACAAUAUUUACUACUAUUUCAACUUCAACACCAAAAGGUCUUGUACCUGUACCCAAAGCACUUUAUGUGUGUAUAGUGGCAAAUAUUCUUACUCAUUUAUUAUCAAUGAUUAUCGCUUGUAUUUGUAUUCGUAAUUUUGGCAAAGGUCUUAAAGAGAGAGUAUUUAACAAUCGAUUUGAUAAAUGGUUUCAAAAACGUUGGUCUACCGCUUGA